CCCUUUUAAUUUUCUCAAGAUUACGCUGUACUGCAAGUGUUGAUAGAAAACCCCCAUGGGGCAAAACACGUCAAUAAAGACGUUUCAAGUGUAUUCUGAGAAGAAUCAUUGCCAUAAUCCAGGCGACGAGACGAAAGUAGUGACGUGUUUCGUUUGGUGUCAGCGCAGACGAUACCCUGAGGUAAUCACAGGUCAAGGAAAAUGGCGGCGGGUGAUGCGAACGGUUCAAUUCUGUAGCUGCGUUUUUUAGGGUUCAGCGCCUGCUUUCCUCAAGUGCAAGCCAAUAGAACACCACACGAACUUAGGAACUCACACAUGCCUUAUCCAUCAUGGUGAACACUCCAGUUCCACAUAGCCUUAAGUCUGAGGCUAAAAAGGCUGCCAAGAUCCUGAGGGACUUCACAGUACCAAGUGCAAAAACUGGACCAGACAAAAUCAUACCAGUAUCUAUCUUAGCCCGUGCCCGUGGGCUUGCUGUCCUGACUGUGUUUAAGGCAGGAUUCCUUGUCAGCGCUAGAGGAGGCAGUGGCAUUGUUAUUGCCAGAAUAUCUGAGGACAGAUGGUCAGCGCCAUCUGCAGUGGGUCUUGCAGGACUGGGAGGUGGAUUUGAAAUUGGAGCUGAAGUCACAGACUUUGUCAUUAUCCUAAACAGUCAAUCGGCAGUAGAUGCUUUCUCCAAGGGUGGCAACCUGACAUUAGGUGGCAACUUCACAAUUGCAGCAGGGCCACUCGGCAGGAACAUGGAGGGAGAUGUUGCAGUUAGAAGCCCUUCAGCUAUAUACACCUACAGCAAAACCAGAGGACUGUUUGCUGGGAUAUCCUUGGAAGGGACAGGAAUCAUCGAAAGGAAGGAUGCAAAUAGGAAGUUCUAUGGUGGGGAUGUGCGGGCAUAUGAGAUCCUGAAUGGGACCGUACAUCCUCCAUCAGUGGCAGACCCUCUGUACGAGAUCCUCCACAGACAUUAUGAAGCUGCAGAGAAAAUUCUGGUCGAGGCUGCCAAGAAGGCUGCUGUGAAGAAAGCUGCAAAAGCUGACCGUCCCAAGAGUUUCAAUUUUGGAUCCUACAGAAGCAAGUCCAUGAAGAAUUCUUCCACUUCAGAUGACAAACCGUCCAGGAAAAUGAGAUCCAAAUUCACAUCAGCAAGGAGAUGUACCAGUUUGGUGGAGGAGCGUACAACCAGUGAAGAAGACCUUCAGAGCAUCUUUAUGGACAGACUGGCAUGCCCGUUUGAAGUUACAGCAUUGUUCAGCUUUGAGGGAGAGCUGCCCUGUGACCUGUACUUCCAAGAGGGAGACAAGAUUACUGUCCUGACCAGAACUCAUACCCAAAAUGACUGGUGGGAAGGGAGGUUAAAGGGCAGGAAGGGGAUCUUCCCUGCCAAUUACGUGCAGUUACCAAGGCCUUAGUUCUUGAAGGGCCAAACCAUACACAUCCUUGCCUUUCUGUGUUACAUGGCUACAGGUGGUGACAUGUAUUUAGUAACCCAUGGACAGCAAAACACCUUUUUACAGGGGAAGUACUAAGUGGAGAUGACACUAAUAUGUCUAAAAUGUUCAUGGCAUAUCUUGUAGUUGUGACUAUGGUAUGGUAACAUGGUUGGGAACAGUGUUGUUACAACAUGAGAUAAGAGAUGAAUUCUGCUGAUGACUGUAAUAGGAUAAUUGUUAGGUCAUGGAAUACUAGUAUGUUAAGUGUGUUUGUGUGUUAUAGCUUACAGAUGACAAUAAUGUGCAAUUUUGUCUGACCAGUCAAUGUUGUAAUGUGGUUUUAGACUGGUAGAGGGCUGCAGCUGUGUUUUACAAUGCAACCAAUCAAGAAUCUGCAUCUACUUUUAAGUGAGUGGUUAGGAGGAUCUUACAAUAUUGUGGACAGCAAUAAGUUUGAGGUUACC